AUGUCUCACCCUGAAGUACUCGGUGUUGUUGUUCUUGCCCGUAACGGUGACCGCACGGAAGCAUACCAGGACCCGAUUACCUACGAGCCCGGUCCCACGCUCAGCACUCCUUUGGGAGAGGUCCAAUCCCACCAACUUGGCGUUUAUCUACGCGACACGUACUUCAACACCGAUAACCCGUCGCAUGUUCGCGGGAUUAGGACCGAUCUUGUCGAUCUGAGUCAAGUCCAUGUGCGUGUCAAAGUAGGCGCAGAAGGAGCAGCAGUCUUCGAUUCCGCCACUGCGCUCCUGCAGGGGCUUUUCCCGCCCAACCCGGCCAACCGUAUCACACUCGCUAAUGAGACGACUGUAGUAGCCCCUCUUGGAGGCUACCAGUAUGUUCCAGUCGAGACCGUGGAGCCCAGCAACGACCGCUCCUUGGAGAGCUGGACGGACUGCCCAGCGUUUGAGAGACAUGUCAGGGCCGUUCAAGCGUCAUCUGAAUUCAAGAAAGUGGAGAAGCACGCGGGGCAUUUCUUUAGCGACGUCCGCGACUUUGUAUUUGGAAGGGCAGCUUCGCUGGAAAAUGCGUACAACCUUUGGGACUACAUCUCGACAGAACUGACUCAUAACAAGACCUACGCUCACCGACUUCCUCCCACUUUCGUCGAGCAGGCACGUGGACUUGCUAACUUCCGCGAGAACCUCGUCUUCUCCGACUCUGAGAUGGGCGGAAUCGGAAACAUUGCUGGGAGGACUGCGCUGAGCUCCAUCAUUGGCGCUCUCCAGCGGAUUGCUUUCAAUGGCGACCCCCUCCAGUUCAUGCUUGUUGAGACAACGUACCAGCCUUUCAUUUCGUUUUUCCACAUGACUGAGGCAGUAGACGCUUACCCGGAGCUUGCCGCUAUCCCUGACUACGGCUCCGCUCUCGCCAUCGAACUCCGCCGAGCCCGCGCCCCAGACGUGCGCGAUUUCUUGCGCUUCAAGUUCAAGAACGGCACGAACGAAGACUUUGAGACUAUCCACGUCUUUGGGCACAAGGAGGACGUUCCGCUCACCGAAUUUAUCUACCGCCUUGAGGCAAGAUUACACUACACUAAUUCUCCCUUAUCAGCUGACUUUGACUUCAACAGAACUCGGUAA